AUGAGCUCACCCACCAGCAGUGAUUCCUUCUCUAGCAGGUUGCUGGGCCAGAUCCUUCAAUUUAGCUUGGUCAAGUACCCGCUGAAGCUCCUUCAGAAAGCAUCUGUCUGGAUUGGAUUGGUGUUCCCUGGUGACACCAUCAGGAGCAAACUCUGUCCCCCAUCCCAGUCACCCUCCAGGCCUCGGCUCCUUGCCAGGAAGCGCCGGGGGAAGCUCGUGCGCCUUCUGCUCUCUGUGGCUCCCACCAGGAUCCAGAACUUCCUGGGAUACCUCCCAAUGGACUGGAGCCAGAGCAAUGUGUCCAAGGAGAUCCAGGGGACUCUGGUCAACCCAGCUGGCAAAGCCAACAAGAGGAAGCGGGAUGAUGUGGCUCUGGAGAAGCAGGAGUCCUGGUUUGUGGUGCUGGAGAGGGACUGGCCAGAGGAUGACUAUGAAGACAUCACGUAUGAGCCCUCAGAAGUGGAGUCAGACAGUGAUGAGUACCAGUCCCAAAAUGACACUGACCUGGAGCUGGAAGAGCAGGUUGAGGUCACUGGGCUGGAGCCCUCAGCUGUCCAGGGCUCUGUGCUGCCCUCAGAGCCGGCAGCAGAGGAUCCAGCUGUGGCCAGCAGUGGGGAAGAGGCUCCAGAUAUGGCCAGUGAUGACAACCAGAAGCCACUAGCCAAAAGGAGCAGUGGGGAUGGCAGCAAGCAGGAGGCUGACACAGCCAGUGACACCAGCUCAGCCCAGGAUGGGGAAAACCAGGAAGCCUGA